UUGUUUGGGUUUUCGUGAUAUUCGUUACUCAGUUGCACACAGCCCUACCUUGAACCUUCCAGUGUUCCUCAAAAGACAAUAACAGUCUUAAGAAAACUCUUGUUAAAAGAGCUAAUUCUUACUAUCAGCUGUCAGCGUAUGAAUUGACGGUGGAGUUUUAUUUGCCUUCGCCAUAAAAAUGAGCCUGGUACCGCACAGCGGAACGUUUCGCGCAUCACAGCAGAGCUGCUCUGUGACUGGGCUGGAUGAAACAUUCAACAUGAGCAGCAGUGCCAGUUCAGGAGAAUCCCUGCAGGAAGCAGAUUCAACAAUAAUCUCACAGAAAGCAGAUGUGAAGAAUUACAGCAUGAUGACUCCUGCAGAGAAACUAUCGCUUUGUGAGAGACGGGCUCAGUCUUUGGCUGAUAGCGAAGAGUAUGACCCCUGUAUCCAAGAGCUUGUGCGUUGCCUGGCACUGAGCAGACUGGUUUAUGGAAAUGAGCAUUUUGCAGUGGCUCAAGCUCAGUCAAGACUGGCUAAAGCUUACUUGCAAUACAAAGGUUGGGCAAAUCAGGCACAAGAACAUGCAUCCCAAGCACAUGAAGUACUGCAUUCCAUUCAGCAGGAGGAGAGAGUGAGCUGCCUCAACUGCUUCCUCACCAUACAUCAGACACUUGGAAGUGCCGCUCUACUGCUUGGAAAUUUAGCAGAGGCCGAGUCAAGCUUUCAGAAGGCAGAGAUUGUCAUGGGAGACAUUGUAGCACAGGAAGCCAUGGGGAAGGAGGACAGAGUGGACAUUGAGUAUGAAAUAUUUACAAAUUUAGCAAGAGUGUACCAGCGGCAGGGAAGGCCUGAGAAGGCCCUCAGUCGAUGUGAAAGAGCCUUGGAGCUGCUUCAGGAAGGAGCUCAUCUCAGUCAGAUCUGCUGUGUUUACAGAAACAUGGCGGCUAUUGAACAGGCACAGGGACAUCUGGAUAGAGCCAUUGAACAUCUCCUACAGGCUCAUUCCAUAGCUCUUAGUCAGGGUCCUGGGGGUCUGGAGGGGGCCCAGAUCGCUCACAGCUUGGCUCUGACCUACUCUUUCACUUCAGAGCCUCAUCACAACGAUUCAACAGCACGCUUUUUUGAGGAGAGUAUAAGUGCAUAUAGAAGUGCACUAGGCCCACAGGACACACUCACCCUAUCUGCUCAAGAUGACUUCAGUCAUUUCCUGCUACUCACAGGACAACAGGAGAGAUGUGCUGAGAUCCAAAGAGAGUCUCUAGCCUAUAAGAAGAACACGUUUGGUGAGCAGAGUGCAGAGGUGGCAGAAGCGCUGCAGCUGAUUGGUGGAGUGGAGAUGACACAGGGUCAGAUGAGACACGCCCACAGGACCCUUAAGAAGUGUCUGGAUAUUCAGAAUAUGCUAUACGGUCCUCAGCACAAGAAAACCAAAUCCACACAAAGAACCGUGGACAUGCUGUCUCAGUCACCAGAGGUCGGUGAGAGACAAAAGGAAAGCUGUCUUGAAACAAGGCCUCCAUUCUGUGCAGUGGUAUCAUCUGCAUCUGAGGUGACAUCUAGCAUGUCGAACUCAUAACAGCAGUGACCAGCAGAUGGAUCUAAUGAAUGUGUCAUGGACCAUCAGGGAUGUUUGACCUCAUCCUAUUUCUCCAAGAGAAAUCUGUGUAUUGGAAAAAAACUAGGCAAUAUUUCUAGAACAGCACACAAGCUUCACUGUGUUUAAUCUCUGCUGCGGAGUCUCAGAGUGGUUGGCAAGGUGACUACCUCUGCACUUCAAAAAAUGAGAACUGUCCAGCGGUAAUCUAAUACACAGUCACAGCGGUUUCUGCAAAUACUUCCUGACUGGAGAGCUGCAGGCCUCUCUAGCAAAGAGUUUUAGUCUUAUAUUAUUUCUGAGAAUUGAACAGAACUCAACAUGAAGUUGCAAGUGCUUGUUUAUUGUGUUUGCACGUAAACCAAUGUUCAGACAGUGAGCAGACUAGUCUUUUUCUUAGGGAUACAACAACACACCACAUACAUUUUGUGAAUUUUCAUUUAGCAAAAAUACAUCUAUAAUCUGCAAUCCCACACCAAUGUUUGCUAUGGCAGUAAAUCCUGUAUAGCAUAUUGUAAAUCUGUAGAUGCACAAAAUGAGGUUUCACACAGUGUUGGUUGAGUCAUAGAACCCUAUGCAUAGAUUCAGACAAAAAACAGCAGGUGCUGAAACACCACCUCAAGGGAUGAAGAUAAAUGGUUAAUAAUGAUAUCAAAUUUGAACUAAUCCUUAAUCACUUAACAUGUAUGUGUUAACACAGUGUUUCCCAGCCUUUUUUAUGUAACACAGCCUAAUCAUUAAGGCUGAAAUAGCCCUUCAACAAGGACAAACCAGAAAUGUGCUUUAUUUGUCUUAUGCUGGAUAUAAUUUAAGUGACUUUGCGAAAUUAUAUCCAGCAUAAGACAAAUAAAACACAUUUCAAUGAAAAUUAGUAAAAAAACUCACACAAAAUAAAUGAGAUUAAGCACCACUGGUUAUUCAUUUUUAGGUGUUAUAAGGUUAAGAAAGUUAAAUAAAAUUUAUCCAAAUUUGUUUAAAACUCCUGGGAUCACUGUGUUAACAUUAUAUUGAGGAUCUCAUUUUUAGAUUACUAUAAUAGUUUAGGAUAAUACAGAUAUGAAACGCUAAAUGAAAUUGAAAUGAUGUUACAUGCUUUGUUUACACUCUUUUUUAUCCCCAUCACUGUUAAUAGGUACAGGACAGUCACCAUUGCAGCAUCUGAUGACGUUAACAUGAAUAUCUGUUCAAGAUAAUAGAAAAAUAGAGGAAAAAGCACAUACUUACACUUUAAAUCUUCAGACUAAAGCUGUUACACUAUUUUACCUGGAGGUGUCAGUGGCAGAGUAUGAAUCCUAAAAAUAGACUCUCAUUAGACACCCCCCUUUAGUGAAGCUGAAUCCUCAUUCUGCGUAAUAGGUUGUGUCACAGACUUAAUGGCACCGAAUAGCUAUUCUGGAAGCACUUAACACUCUUCUGUGUAAGCUGCCUAGCACUUAUUUUUAAUGUGAGAUUUCUACGAUCACACUCCUCCCUCUCCCACUGUCUCUGUACAGUACUAGAGCAAUGAAAAAUGUGUUGUCCUGGAAGAGCGGGAUAGCUAGAUUAGUCCUCGCUGGUCUAAUGUCAUUUAAGGAUUAAGAGAUCUCUGGGAGACAGGAAGGACAGUCUAGUGAUUUCGCCUUCAGUAGAGCAAUACAGUGACUGGCCAAAUGUAGACCACUAUAUAAACUGAUUUCAUGGGCAUGACCAAAAAUAUUCAAAUGUGUUACUGAAAAUAUCUGUGAUACUAUGAAUAAAGUUUUGAAUAACUCACAAAUAAAUGGUAAAUUAAAGAGAGCACUGCUCUACAAUUUCUGCAUACUAUUGUAAAUGUCUCCAUCUAUUCAUUCUUUAAUAUGAUGUAUCAUAAAAAGGCCUUUAUAACAUGCCAAUCUUGCUUUUGCAGUGCUGUGGAAAGUAGAACAAAUUGUGUCAACAAUGUAUAUUUUUAAAAGGAUUGCUACUAGAGUUGAAAAGAAAACAAUGCAUUUAACUUUUUCUGUGCUUAGAUAAAGCUGCACUAUAUGAAAAUGAAGUAAAACAAAAUGUCCAGAUAGUUAAUACAAAAAUAUACUUCAAGAUCAAACAAAAACAGUAUUAAAAUGAUUAGCUUUAGUUUUGUUAACACUUUAGCUACUGAAUGUCAGAUACACUGCUAUUUAAACGUUUGGGGGUUUUGAAAGAAGUCAUUUAUGCUCACCAUAGCUGCAUUUAUUUGGUUUAAAAUUACAG